AUGGUGAAUGCUAUCUGUGGUGUGUAUGGCUUGUGCACUUCUCUUGACAAUGAAUCAAUCAAGUGUGAGUGUAUUCCAGGUUAUAUCCCUUUGGAUGAUCAAGAUGUUUCCAAAGGGUGUCACCCACCAGCUGUCAUUAAUUACUGUGCAGAGAACAACUUCAAGCUCCAGGUCUUUGACGACACUGAUUUCUAUUUUGAUACUCAUCUUGUUAGCUUAGCUAGCGUUGACUUCGAAAGUUGUAAGAAGGAUGUAAUAGAUGAUUGUAACAUUGUUGCUGCAACUUAUGACCAUUCCACCUCCACAUGUGCUAAGAAGAGACUGCCCUUGCUGAAUGCUAGAAAUAACUCUUCCUCAAAGGGAUUGAAAGCACUGCUUAAAGUUGCUAACAGGAUUGAGUCUGGGACAUCUGAACUUCCUAAGAAGAAAUGUUUUAAUGUAAGAGUCUUUUUGAAGGUUCUUGUUGCAGUUACUGCAACUCUUGCAUGUUUCUUUGGUGCACUUGCCGUCUACUAUCAUCCUUUCACUCGGAGACUUACAAGGAAAAAGAAGCAUCUGAAUGCAACAACUAUUAGAAUCAACUUCAGAGAAUUUACCUUUCAGGAACUGCAUGAAGCAACAGACGGAUUUACUAAGAUUCUUGGAAAGGGAGCUUCUGGAAAAGUCUAUCGUGAUGCUUUAGUAAUAGGUGAUGCAGAGAUUGAUGUUGCAGUAAAGAAACUGGAAAAGAAAAUAGAAAAAAGUGAUAGUGAAUUCACUACCGAGCUCAAAAUUAUUGGUCGUACUCAUCACAGAAAUUUGGUGAGGCACUCAAGUUCAGAAAAAAAACAGUAG